AUUUUUGUAAACACACGCUCGGAUAAAUUUCAAUUCAUUUCUUUGGAAUUUUAGAUUUUUUAAGGAUAAAAGUGAUCCCGGUCACACGAUGGCAUCAACCAGUGAUCUCAACUUGGAUGAUUUGCUGUCGGGUUUUGAGUCGAUGAAAAUUUCCGUCCUCCGUAAUGCAGCCAAAUUAUCUCCCCACAUUAAGGGGCGCACGUUGGGGCCAGAUUGUCCAGAUCUAUCGCAGAUCCAUAUCAGCUCCAACAACAAUGAGGCUGCCAAAGAGAACGACCCGAACGUCUCGAAUGAGACUCCCUCGGGUAGCAGAACGGAUGAAGAACCGGCAAACAAAAAGACUCCGCCAGCUAAAGUUCGCACACCUCACCUGGAUGUCACGGCCAACUGUGAAACCGUUACCUCCAAGCUGCACCAGCAGGAACUCGAGCGGCAGCGGAUUGCGACCGUGCGGAAGUCACUCGCCGAGCGUCAAUCCAAAAUCCGCCAAGCAGAUGAACAGCGGGAAGCGUUGCUGAAGCAAACUAUACUCGAAGCGGAGCAAACCGUCGCUCGUAAGCAGCAGGAAGCGGACAGGCGGUUACUCAGCGCGAUUCAGGAGCAGGAAAAGCAAGCACAGGAAGCGGCCGCUCGUCGGCAGGCGGAAAUCGAGGAAGAAAACCGCCGCGUCACGGAUAUUGCUGCACAGUUCAAGCGUCGUCAGGAAGAACUUCGAAAGAAGCAUCAGCUUAUCGAAACGAUACGCCACCACAAUGGCCAGUUCCGUGCCGGGACGGAAGCCUUCACCAAAGCGCUUACGACGAUCGGUGUACAACAUGCGACCAAGUUCUCGAAUCAAAAGAAAACGGUCCGUGGAUUGCAGAAAGAUUUUGAGCAGCUACUUCAAACGAUCAACGCUAACCAUGAGGUGAACCAGGUGGAGGUCGAUCUGGCGGCUGAAUACUGCAAGCUGCUGGAUCAGGCCAACCGCGAGGUCACGGAGAUAGUGGCUCAAAUCGAAAGUGCACAAAAGCAGCAACAGCAAGAGCAGCUUGAGCAACAACGAAAUCAGGAGCAGCAAGCUGCGGCUGCUGCUGCGGCAACUGUAACUCAGGAAGCGGUGAAUCAACAGCAACCUCAGCAGCAGCAGGAACAAAAGCCUGCUGACAGUACCGAUGCUGCUGGAAUCGUGCCCGGGGUAGUGACUGCACCUGCGGCAACAGCACCCGGUAUUCCAGAAAAUGAACCCUUCUUUCAGCCCGUCUCACCCGAGUGCCUACAGUUCUAUAUGGAGGUGAAAAGCUUCUACGAGCAGCACCAAACGGCAGUCAAACAGCUAAUGGAUGAUCCUUCGAUGAAAACGUACCGCUUCAACUGCCAGAAAGCGAUCAACAUCCCGGUUAAUGCGAUCUCCGGUGUAAACCGGGAGCACUUUAUCGACAAGUACAAUAAGCUGGCCGCCCUACUGAGCGGCCAAAACGUAAAGGUGGGCGAUGCAACGGUUUCCAUCAAUGGGCAUCCGCUUGGUCGCACUUACUGUACGAUGCUACUGGCCAAGAAGUUUGUGAGUCAAGCCGAUACAGGCAUAUCGAGUAACGCAUCGGCUGCCUUCCCGAUCGCUGCCAUUGUGGUGGCACUGUGGCAACGGUUUCCGGAGUUUGGCCGGUUCUUCCUAGCCUAUCUACACCGCGAGUGCCCCUACAUGGUACCAUACUAUUUGCCUCAGUUGGAGGGCCAAAGCCAGGAGGAGUUUCUGAAAACACUCGGCUACCGGUUCGUGGAUGGAGUGCUCGAGAAGCAAGAUCAAUAUCUGAAGCGUAUGUCCGGGCUGGCACGUCUCUACUCUGCCGUUAUUGUGACGGUACCAAGGAGAGACGAUCCGACACCACAUCCGCACGGGCUCGAGUAUGGUUGGCGUUGGUUAACGAACAUCUUGAAUCGCUUCCCGCAACCCGACAUCUGUGCGACUCUCAUCUGCGAGUUCCUGCAAACGGCCGGUGCCGAUCUUCACGCAGCCUACGGUAAGCAGUUCCUCAAAGUGCUACGCGUCCUACAGGGUGACUAUAUGACGGCACUGAACAAAAUCGAUACCGGUGGUCCGAAGGCGCGGCUAGAGGGUUUGAUCGCGCAGAUACUUACCGAAGGCAAGAUUGUGCGACCGGAGGGUAUUAGUAUGAACUUCUGGUGAGACGGGUUGUUGU